UCCAGGAGCGCUACAUCUGCCUUCAGCCAGAAUUACCUUGUAAACGUGCAGAGAAAUGCGCAUCUCUCCUCUCUUCUUUUUCUUUCUUUUUUUUUCUUUUAAAAUAAACUGGAAACUAUUUAUGGAACGUGGUCUUUUCCCCCUAUUUCAACCCGAAACUAUAUUUUAGUCAUGGGGAACCUGCACUUCACAGGGAAGGAUCCAGCUGGACAGCUUUUACGCAUCGCUCAUCUUGGAGCGUCGAUGGCGAUCACAGUGUAGAAAGAUACAAACGCUCCACAGAAUAUUAUUAGUUAUUGCGCUCUGCGUGUGGACCGUGUAUAAUGACUUACGGGCUGGUGGUUCUGACUGCUGGGUUUACAGGUUUGCUCAGUUUUAGUCUCCUCGCUGUGGCAAUUGGGACUGAUUACUGGUACAUCAUCGAUGUGAAUAAACCCAACUACACAGGUUCAGACGACCUGAGUUCACGUUCUGGACUGUGGAGAAUUAACGAAGGAGCAAACAGGAUUUCAGUCAUCCCUUCUUUCACAGCAAAUAUGUCCAGCCUGUCAGAGGCAGAAAGACACCUUCUUGGCUUGCACAAGGUGGUGGUCAUCCUACUACCCCUCAGCCUGGUCCUGCUGGUGUUUGGUUGGAUCUUUGGACUUGUCAGUUCAUUGGCCUGCAGCCCCAACUUGCUAGCUGGAUCAGCAACAUACUUUCUCUUCUGCAGUCUUUUCACCCUGUCCGGGGUCAGCAUCUACAUCAAGUACUCGAACAAGGCCAUGGAAGAGUUCCAGCAGGCGGUGUCCCUGGAGGACCUUACCUACGUGCACGUCUCCUUUGGCUGGUCCUUAGCCACAGCCUGGCUCUCCUACAGCUUGGAGGUGGCCACGGGCUUGCUGCUCAUGCUAGCUGCCGGGAUAAGUCGAAUGAAAGGACGUUAUGACUCCGGCGUAGCCAUCGCUAUGUUAUAGACUGAGCAAGUGAAGCUAAAAGCUCACAGGUAGCUGUUGUUAUUUAUUUGUUUUUGGUAGUGGAAAAAAAACAGCUCAGAAGUGUAUUGUAGGUCAAGAGCCAAGACAACAAAAAGUAGAUGCAUGUUGUCGUUAUGUAACUGCAACUAUAGACACAUAGGUGCUGAACAAGUGACGCUGUUUCUUCAUUGUUGUUGCUGGCUUGAUGUUACCCCUGCUACCUUUCAUCCUUUCAGUAUCAUUUUUUGUCCAUUGUCCUAGUCCACAAUGAUGAAAAAAGAGGCUAACCAUUCACACAGUAAUUACUGCAGAGAUUAACAGUAUUUUCUUAUGUAUUUCAGCCUUGUGUUGCCAUUUUCCAGCACAUUUAUACAUAUAGCUAAUAACCAUCGCAUUGCGUAUGCAAUUCUGUCACAGUUUGUGGCUCACAUUUUAUUAAGUAAUAUGUUAUCUGUGAGAUGUGUCUUGAAAUAUGUUUUUAAUUUAGCUUCAUCUGCAACCCAAAUGCAAAUUCACUGCCUUGUAAUAUGAACGCAGGCAAAGGGAGCUGUUAACUUGUAUGGGGUCAUUUCCCUUUGAUGUGUGCUACAUAAGGCUUUUAGACUUGAGGACGUCUGUGCUUCUGCUACACCCAUAUGUAAUACUGCAUUUAAACAGAUUCAUUCAAGUGAAAACACUGCUGAUUCUGCAGGAGAAAACCAUCAGGGCAGCUGAGCCACCUAUAGUCUAGUUUCUAGUAUUUCAAAAUAGAAAAGCUGCGGCACAUUUGCUCCAUGUUUUUGAGUCAUUUGCAUUGCACAGCUUUUGAAAAGCAGUAGUAGCAUUUGAUUGAUUCAGAAGUUAAGACAGUGUUGAGUAUUGUGACUUUUAGAGGAACAUCUAAAAUGUAAGUUUGUGCCACCUGCUUACAACCCGCUGUACCCAUCCUGUUAGUGAAUGCAUUAGUCAUGGGAACAGGGCUGAAGAUAAGGGCACUCUUGGGGAUCCUGCAAGUUGUUUUCAGCCAUAUGGACUACGUGCAUGUGUCACUGCCUGCUUUGCUGUACUUAACAGCUAGAUAUCGUAAUAUUCUCUCCGUGCUGUCCAAAAUGAGACUUCUCCUUUCUGCAUAAAUGACGUAAAAAGAGCACUGUGAAAAUACAACAUUUAGCACUUUGCUAUGCUUUAAAAUGUAUUGCCUUGUUUUUCUUUCUUCACAAUCGUCACAAACCUUGCUCAUGCCUUCAUAACUGAGCAGCUUUUUAUUGUUGUGACAGAAAAGCAAUGAAACAUCAAUCUGGUUGUGGCAUAAGUGCAUACUGUGAGUAGGAAACAGAAAAGGAGCACUGAUCAAAUGCUCCCAAAUGUCAUUGACAUGCUCUAACUCUGUAAUCAUAUUUCACCAUUGUCCUGAAGAUUUCUGUGUUGUGAAACAAUAAGAUAAUCUUAAAAAUCA